AUGACACUGCAGUGCACCAAGUCAGCCGGACACUGGAGGAUGGUGGUGUGGGAUGAAGAAGGCUUCCAGGGCCGUCGGCAUGAAUUCACAGCUGAGUGCCCCAGUGUGCUGGAGCUUGGCUUUGAGACCGUGAGAUCUUUGAAAGUCCUGAGUGGAGCGUGGGUGGGCUUUGAGCAUGCUGGCUUCCAAGGACAACAAUAUGUGCUGGAGAGGGGCGAGUACCCAGCCUGGGAUGCCUGGAGUGGCAACACAGCCUACCCCGCUGAGAGGCUUACAUCCUUCCGGCCUGUGGCCUGCGCUAACCACCGUGACUCAAGGCUGACUAUCUUCGAGCAGGAGAACUUCCUCGGCAGGAAAGGCGAACUGAGCGAUGACUAUCCCUCUCUGCAGGCCAUGGGAUGGGACGGCACUGAAGUGGGCUCCUUCCAUGUUCAAUCUGGGGCGUGGGUUUGUUCCCAGUUUCCCGGCUACCGAGGUUUUCAGUACAUACUGGAGAGUGAUCACCACUCUGGUGACUACAAGCACUUCAGGGAGUGGGGCUCCCAUGCCCACACCUUCCAGGUGCAGAGUGUCCGCAGGAUCCAGCAGUGAGCCCGCACCUGCGCACCGGGGUGCCUUCGUGAACAACUGAGUGACUGGCUGGAGAUGUGGCUGUUCUUUCUGGCUACCCCCAUGUCGCACCCUGGGAACCCUGCACCCCUGUCAGCCAGCCCAUGCCCCGCCAGGUCACAAAGCUCAAAGAAAUAAAAUUACAAACAAA